AUGUGUAUCUCUGCGAAUGCGAAGCAGCAGCAUCUCCUAACAGGUGAUGAGAUCCAUGUGUCUGUGUUCUGUUCAGCUAAUUACCUUCAGACCGGAAACAUCUUACUGCCAGAGGACUUCAGUGAUCAUGACAGGCUGAACCAGGAGGCCAGAGCGGCUGGCAUGACGGACUUCCUGGAAGAGUUACAGAAACGACCCGAAUUGAUUGGUGAUGACAUCAUGCAGCCUCAAGAUGGCUGCCCUCAGAUGAAGCAACGACAGCAGCAGUUGACCCCUCAACCUCUGUACAUUAUGACCUUUGACCUGUUGGUGAGGUACCAGGACUCGGCUCUGGGACAGCUCUGUGUGGACAGUAACGUGCAGGGCAGCAGGCUGCACCUCUCUGGCAACGGGGUGGUCUUCCAACACGUGGAGAACUGGUUAGGGACGUGCCGUGUCCCGCUGACGGAGAGGCAGUGUGAGCUGCCGGGGUUGUGUGAGUACCUGGACAGGCAGGAUGAGGCCUACCACACCUUCAGAGAUGCACUGUGGGAGUUCCUACACAGGACCAGGACCACAGGCAGGUGUUUUACAGCAGGGCCCUGGUCCGCCUCAGUGGCAACGUUCAGCAUUUAUAAAGUUGUUAAAGUUUAUGUGGGAACACACUGGUACGCCACUUACUACAAAACCCUGUUAAAGGUACUGUGA